GAUUUCCUGAGGCAAAGGAAUAUUCCAGAGGAAACUAUCGAGACCAUGCUAAGAGAGAAGAUUGAUACCAACGUCAUCCAGCUCAUGACAGAUGAAGAGCUAAAGAAUUAUUUGCCAUCAUAUGGAGACCGCAUAGCCCUAUCAGGAUACUGUAAAAGGAAGGAAAAUGGCCCCCCAAGCAGUCGCAAAUCAAAACUGUUUGAGCGCCUGAAAUCAAAGCUGGGUAAAAGAAAAACUGCUCAUGAAGAUGGCUGUGGUAUGGAAAAAGAAGAGCAAUCUGAAACAACUGUAAAGAAGAAUGCUCUGAAGACAAAGAGAAAAAUAGAAAUAGGCUGGCUGCUUUAUGAUGAAGAACAACAGGCUUUUAAACAAGUAAGAGCAAGAAGAGGUGGUGGAACAAGGAAGGUCGAUGUAUCAAAGGAUGCUAAAAAAAGUGAGAUAAUCCAGAUGGCUAUUGGCCUCUUCUUUCCAAAUGGAAGAAAUAGAGAAGGGUCCAUAGCAGAUUUUGAAAUGGAUCUAAAAGAUUAUCAGGAAGUGGCAAUUGAUGACAAAAUCACUGUUGGACAAAUGUUUCAUGUUACAAAACUGACUAUUCUCAGGUUUUACCUGACCACCCAUAAAAAGAAGGCUAACCAGUCAGUCAGUCAAGAUGAAGUUUUGUCUUCAUCAUUUUUUCAGGAUCAAGACAGUUCUCUGAGUCAGCCCUCCUCUUCAUCUGCUGUAAAUGUUGCAGUGACCAGCCAAUCUACAAUAUCCACAGAAGUAACUUCUGACUUCCUAUUUGUUGGAAACAUAACAAAUCAUGAGAAUAUUAACUUUUCACUUCAUUCUACAGAGCUUAGGGAGGAGGAUUUGGAUAGCAGUAACAUAGUGUUUCUAGGACCGUUUUCUGACAGUGAGCCACAGAUUUUGGAUGAUACUUUGCCAAUAUCCCCUCAAUCCACAUCAUCCUCCAAGGCAGUGAAGAAGAUACUGAUAGUUCACAGAGGACAGGUACUUCCUGAGCUCAUAGCACAUUUCUGUGAUGACGGACUUUUAGAUAGAGAUUUCAAAAUCCAGCUUGUACUGCCAGAUGGAACACCUGAGAUGGGUUAUGAUGACGGAGGAGUCGUUAGAGACUGUCUUUCUGAAUUCUGGAAAGAUUUCUAUGACCAGUGUACUACAGGAAACACUUAUAAAGUGCCUUUUCUGAGACAUGAUUAUGGACAGCAGCAGUGGGAGAGUGUAGGCCGAAUAAUUGUUUUUGGAUGGACAAGAGAGAAAUAUCUUCCUAUGAAGAUUGCACCUGUCAUACUAGAGCAAGCAGCCUUUGGACAGGUUAAAAGUGAGGUGGUGGAGAAUUUCCUUAAGUGCAUGUCUGAAUCUGAGCGCUUUGUGUUUCAGUCAUGGCAGUCAGACUUCAGCAGUGUUGACAAAGAGGAAUUGAUAGAGAUUCUUGAUAACCACAGUUGCAGACGAAUGCCCACUGCCAGCAAUGUAAACGAAAUCCUCCAGGAGCUUGCACACAAAACACUUGUCCAAGAGCCUGCUUAUGUUAUUGAACAGUGGGCCAAAACACUCAGUAUCAUUGGGAACAGCUUCCAGGACCUUUCUUCAGUGUAUGAAAACUUGCAACCAAAUGCAAGAAAAGUUUUGAAGUCCAUUGUCUUUCCUGAGGAAAUGAAUGUCCAUCAGAAGGACAUUCAAAAGUACGUUAGCACGUAUAUCAGGAAUGCAGAUUUGCAGCAUCUGUCCUUGUUUCUAAGGUUCUGCACAGGUUCAGACCUGUUCCUGGAUAAGAAAAUUCUUAUUGAUUUCACAAAGAUUCAAGGGUUUCUCAGAAGACCUGUGGCUCACACAUGUGGCUGUGUCCUUGAGCUGUCAAUCUAUUAUGAUAGCUAUCCAGAUUUCAGUGCUGAAAUGAACAAGGUUUUGGAGUCUAAUGUAUGGGUCAUGGACAUUAUUUAGUUUUGAAAGUGGUGGAGGUAGAGGGUGGAGUUCCACAGUUGAGGAACUCAGAAAAAAAAGGAAUUAAGAUGGCUAUUUAAAGUAACAAGUUGCCUAUCAAGAUCUAAGUAGAUGUUUUAAGGAUUUCCCCCAAAAUUUUCUUGUCAGGGUUUAAGGUUUUAGAGAUAACAUUUUGCCUGAGUAAUUCCCAAACUUUCUCCAGAUGUAAUAAAACGGGAUCAACUGUUUGUGAUAGGUAAAUGUUGGUUUGUGCAGCACAGCUGUUGGUUUGUUUAAGGGUAGGUUGUCAAAACUCAACAAGGGAGAUAUUCUACCACACAUGUACAAGUUCUGCAUAUCUGUUAACUGUCAGGGGAGCAGUCAAAAUUCUAUCUCUGGAAAGCCAUGAUGCCAGACAACAAAAUGUAGCUAACUUUUGUUAUGCCAUAAUUAACAUGUUAAUUGUUAGCUGACAUAAUAAAUCAUAAGAGGUAAAGUGAAAAUUACUGUAGGAAGUAUUUAGAAGUUCACAGCCAAAAUAAACAAAAAUAGGAACUGUUUAUUGUUAUUGUAUCUUUUUAUGAGACACAACUAUGUUGACAGUUGCACUUGUUACAUUGCAUCCAUAUUCAUAAUAAAAUUGUUUUCUAAUUUCUUUUUCUUUUUUGCACAUUGGAUUUCUUUUGUGGAAGGUUAUAAAAAGAGUCUUCUUUUUUGUUUUACUGGACACAACUUGGUAAAUUCCUUUAUCUUAAACUUAUUAAAUGCACUAUACACCAAGGCAAAUUUUUUUUAAGCAUUUGUGAUUUAUUUUUGGGGAUGUCAAAGUAAUGGAUUGUUCUUUGUUGACAGAAUACAAAAUAAAUACAUUUUGAAUAAA